GAGCAACCCGUAGAGAAGAGUGAUGCGCACAGCCCAGUGGAAGCAGAGGGAUGCGCUGCGCAUUUCUCCUGCUAACAAGUGCAUACAGGACAAAACACAACCGUAAUUGGAGAGCGCUGUCCUCACUAUUACUUAAAAGCCUCACGAUUAAGAAAACGUCCUCAUCUGCAUGACGAGCAAGAAGAGUCAGAAUUGCUGCAGGCAAGGGAAUAGAUACUCCUGAGCGGACGAAGAUGAUUGGAAGAAACAUUAGCAGUAGCACAUGAGUUUGUGACAACGUCUUUUCCUCCUGAAACCUUGACAUGCAGCACAGCACACCUUCCCACUGCAUGAUAGCGUUGUCUCGUGUUAUGCUAAGGAAAUUGCAACAACGAAGGGUGCUUGGCAUACAUUUUUUUAAAGGAUAUUGAGGGUGUGAUUGCGGGAAAUUUCACUCACCACCAUCACCGACGGACAACGCGGCGCGCAAGUUUGUAUGCCUGUUGUGGAAGUUUUUCAACAGCUCCGGACAACGGGAUUGUUCAAUUAGUUGCAUCAGGUCGACAGAAAUACAGAGGGAGAGACUUACCAACAGCGUAAAGCGGAAUAUCCCAAAGCGAUCUGCUCAGGAGAGAACGGGGGAGGACACAGUAUGCAGGCAGCAUGGAACAGGUGAAGGAGCAGCGGCCCUUCUGCUCGCUCUCCAAGAGCCAGAGAGACCACGAAAGGGAGCGGGAUCUGGAACGGCGUUACACCGCAUCAUCGACAGACAGAGAAGGGGCCUGCCGGGUGCCUACACAGAAGUCCUACAGCUCUAGCGAGACGCUGCAGGCCUACGACCAUGACCCCGCCCGGCUGCUAUUCUCAGGCCGAGUCAAGGAGAUGGCCUAUCAGGAGACCAAUGACUACGGCAGGCCAGGACAGGGCUUCUCGCUGAGGCAACUUGGGAUAUGUGAGCCCUCCACACGCAGAGGCCUGGCCCUCUGCCCUGAAACGGGCCUCUCACACCCCCUUGGUCGCUACUCCAGAAGAACGGUCCCCACAGAAAAUCAUGAGCCCACAUCCCCGGAACGUACCAUGGCUCUCUGGGGCAGGGGUGCCAAGUCAGGCCAAAGCUCAUGCCUGUCUAGUCGCUCCAACUCAGCCCUUACCAUCACAGACACGGAAAUUGACAAUAAGUCGGACAACGAAAUCGAAGACAGACUGUCCAGUCAACAAGGCCAGCCUCCUCUACCACCAGAUACGCCCACUCACCACAAACAGCACCCGUCAAUUACAUCGUUGAGCCGCGGCUCGCUGGCCAAUCAGCGGAGCCUGAGCCCGCCCCCCUCGGCUGGCCUGGCGGCUGAAUUGCAGAGCACAGCUGAAUGUGUCCAGCUGCAGGACAGCUGGGUCCUGGACAGCAAUGUGGCCCUGGAGAGCAGACACUUCCUCUUUAAAACGGGCACAGGAACAACCCCUUUCUUUAGCACACCAACCCCAGGUUACACCAUGGCAACAGGGGCAGUGUACUCCACACCGGCACGCCCCCUACCCAGAAACACCCUCUCUAGAGGGGCUUUCAAGUUAAAAAAAUCGCCCAAGCACUGUUCCUGGAGGUGCACCGCCCUGAGUGCAGUGGGCGUGGCUGUCCUGCUGUCAAUCAUCCUCUGCUAUUGUAUAGCAAUGCACUUUUUCGGCCUCAACUGGCAACUUCAAGAAACAGAAAACCAACCCACAUUUGAGAAUGGAGGGGUGAAGACUUUGCCCACUCAACCAAACAUACUGACACCACUCUCAGCUGACUAUGGCAGGAAUGGUGCAGCCCAUCAGGAAAACAGCUCCGUUGACACCGGGCAAGUGGAAGUGGGCAGGAGGGUCAGUCAGGGAAUACCGCCAGGGGUGUUCUGGCGCUCUCGGCUGGCUAUGGAACAUCCACGCUUCCUCAAGUUCAACAUCUCUGUUCAGAAGAAUGCACUGGUUGGGGUCUACGGGAGGAAGGGUCUCCCACCAUCUCACACACAGUAUGACUUUGUGGAGCUGCUGGAUGGCAGCAAACUCAUCGCCAAAGAGAGGCGGGCUUCCACGGAGCCGGAAGCCAGAGGGCAGAUGGAGCACCAGGUCAGCCUCCACCAAGCUGGCUUCAUCCAGUACCUGGAUUCUGGGGUGUGGCAUCUGGCCUUCUACAAUGAUGGGAAGAGCCCGGAGACAGUAUCAUACAACACCAUCAUCCUUGAGUCAGUUAUGGAGUGCUCACACAACUGUUAUGGAAACGGUGAAUGUGUGUCGGGCUCAUGUCACUGUUUCCCAAGGUUCAGUGGACCAUACUGCUCAAGAGCUGCCUGCCCCAUCCUAUGCAGUGGCAAUGGCCAGUACGCCAGGGGGCGCUGUCAAUGUUACAGUGGAUGGAAGGGCACAGAGUGUGACGUGCCCGCUACUCAGUGUGUGGACCCCCAAUGUGGCGGCCAUGGGAUCUGCGUGACGGGUAACUGUGUGUGCAAUGCCGGCCACAAGGGAAGCAACUGUCACCAAGUGGACUGUCUGGACCCGACCUGCUCGGGCCACGGAUCCUGCCACCACGGUGAAUGCCACUGUAACCCGGGCUGGGGCGGAAUGGGCUGUGCGAUCCUGAGAAGCACGUGUCCUGAACAGUGCUCCAGCCACGGAACUUUCCACACCGAGACGGGAACCUGCAUCUGUGAGGCUAACUGGACAGGCACCGACUGCUCUGUAGAGGUGUGCACGGUGGACUGCGGCCCCCACGGAGCAUGUGUCAGUGGAACGUGUCAUUGUGAGGAAGGAUCGGCAGGCUCAGAGUGCGACCAGAGGGACUGUCACCCACGGUGUACAGAUCAUGGCGUCUGCCGAGAAGGCAAAUGUGACUGUCACCAGGGCUGGACAGGAGAGCACUGCGCUAUUGCUCUGGAUUCAAGAGUAUCAGGAGCAGUCAAGAUAGGAUAUAAAGAUGGGUGCCCUGGGUUGUGCAACAGCAACGGGAGGUGCAUUCUGGACCAAGCCGGGUGGCGCUGCAUCUGCCAAUCAGGAUGGAGAGGGCUAGGAUGUGAUGUUGCCACGGAGACCUUCUGCUCAGAUGGAAAGGACAACGAGAGGGAUGGACUGGUGGACUGCAUGGACCCAGACUGCUGUUCUCAGAGCUCCUGCCAGGGCCAGCCCUACUGCCAUGGAUCCCCAGAUCCCAUAAGCAUCGUGAGCCAAGGUCAAGGUUCAUCCUCCACUCAGUCGGCCCCCAGGGGCUUUUACGAGCGCAUCAGCUUCCUGGUUGGGCAUGGCGGUAGUCACGUGAUACCUGGGGACAACCCUUUCAACAGCAGCCUGGUGUCAAUUAUCCGGGGUCAGGUGCUGACGGGAGACGGGACGCCGCUGAUCGGCGUCAACGUGUCCUUCCGGGACUACCCUGAGUAUGGCUACACCGUGACACGCCAGGACGGGAUGUUUGACUUGUUGGCCAAUGGUGGCGCCUCGCUGACCCUGAGUUUGAAGCGUGAUCCUUUUCCCACACUGCACCGCACUGUUUGGUUGCCCUGGAAGGUGUUCCAUGUGAUGGACACGGUGAUGAUGACGAGGGAGAACAACAACAUCCCCAGCUGUCACCUCAUUGGCCUGCUCAGGCCCAGCCCCCUCAUCCUGGCCUCCCCCCUGUCCACCUUCUACAGGAGUUCUCCCAAGGACAGCCCCAUCAUCCCUGAGACCCAGGUCCUCCAUGAGGAAGUGGCCAUACCCGGAAGUGACCUCAAUCUGGUUUACCUGAGCUCCCGCACAUCCGGCUACAAGCCCAUCCUCAAAGUCCUCAUGACCCAAGAACGACUCCCGUUCGGACUAAUGAAGGUCCAUCUGAUGGUUGCUGUCAUGGGCAGAUUGUUCCAGAAAUCGUUACCUGCCUUUCCAGACCUCUCGUACACAUUCGUCUGGGACAAGACAGACGCCUACAACCAGAAGGUCUACGGCUUGUCAGAGGCUGUAGUGUCUGUGGGAUAUGAGUAUGAAUCUUGCCUGGAUGUGAUCCUCUGGGAGAAGAGGACAGCCAUUUUACAAGGUUAUGAACUGGAUGCCUCUAACAUGGGGGGAUGGAUGUUGGACAAGCACCAUAUAUUGGACAUUCAAAAUGGUAUCCUCUUCAAAGGCAGCGGUGAGAACCAGUUCAUCUCGCUGCAGCCGCCCGUCAUCUCUACAGUGAUGGGGAACGGUCGGCGCCGUAGCAUCUCGUGCCCCAGCUGCAACGGCCAGGCCCUGGGCAACAAGCUGUUGGCGCCCCUUGCCCUGGCGUGGGGCAUCGAUGGCAGCCUCUACGUGGGCGAUUUCAACUACAUCCGGCGCGUCUACCCGUCGGGCAACGUCACCAGCGUUAUGGAGCUCAGAAAUAAAGAUUUUAGACACAGUAACAACCCUGCUCACCGCUAUUACCUGGCCACUGACCCGGUGACUGGGCAGCUUUAUGUGUCAGACACCUACUCACGGAGGAUCUACCGGCCCAAGGUCCUGACGGGGAUCAAGGAACUGCAGAGUAACGCAGAGGUGGUGGCAGGGACCGGGGAGCACUGUCUGCCAUUUGACGAGACCCACUGUGGGGAUGGGGCCAAGGCCACGGAGGCCCUGCUCACUGGGCCAAAAGGUAUUGCUGUGGACAAGAAUGGACUGAUAUACUUUGUGGACGGCACCACGAUCCGGAGAGUUGACCAAAACGGCAUCAUAUCCACCCUCCUGGGCUCCAACGACCUCACGUCGGCACGCCCCCUUACCUGUGACAUCAGCAUGGAAAUCAAUCAGGUGCUCCUGGAGUGGCCCACUGACCUAGCGGUCAGCCCCAUGGAUAACUCCCUGUACAUCCUGGACAACAAUGUGGUCCUACGAAUCACUGAGAACGGCCAGGUCAGCAUUGCAGCGGGCCGGCCCAUCCACUGCCCGUUGGCCGGGAUGGACCGCGGGGCAGCCAGAGGUCAAAGGGCAGCGCUGACGCCCCUGGAGUCCGCCGUUGCCAUCGCCGUGUCCUACUACGGUGCCAUCUACGUCGCCGAAACCGACGAACGGAAGCUUAGCCGAAUCCGAACGAUAUCCGUCGACGGUGAAAUAACCCAUCUGGCAGGGUCGCCCUCUGACUGUGAUUGUAAGAACGACGUCAACUGUGACUGUUACCAGACCGGCGAGGGCUACGCUAAAGACGCUCGUCUCAACGUCCCAUCCUCUCUGGUUGUGGCGCCUGAUGGCACCCUGUACGUGGCAGACCUGGGCAACAUCCGUAUCCGGGCUGUCAGUAGGAACGGGCCAGUGUUGACCUCUAACACCAACACCUUUGAGGUGGCGUCGCCUGAUGCCCAGGAAGUGUAUGUCUUUGACGCCAAUGGUACCCACCAACACACCUCCAGCCUCCUGACGGGUGACUUUAAGUAUACUUUCAGCUACAGCAUCGAGAACGACGUUACCGCUGUGACUGAUAGCAACGGGAACACCCUGAGGAUCCGCCGAGACCCCAACCGCAUGCCCGUGCGCAUAGUCGCCCCGGACAACCAGGUCAUCUGGCUGAUCAUGGGAACCAACGGUGGGCUAAAGACCUUGACGGCUCAGGGCCAGGAACUGGUGCUACUCACCUACCAUGGUAACACUGGCCUGCUGGCUACCAAGACCUCUGAAAUUGGCUGGACCACAUUUUACGAGUAUGACAGCGAAGGCAGGAUAAUGAACGUGACAUUCCCCACGGGAACAGUGAAAAACCUGUACACCGAAAUCGACAGGGCCUUGACCGUGGACAUUGAGAGCUCCUUGACUGAAGAGGAAAUUAGUAUUACCACCAAUACCUCCACCAUCCGUGCCUUCUAUACACUGGCUCAGGAUCAAUGUAGAAGCAGUUAUCAGGUGGGCUAUGAUAACUCUCUGAGAAUCACCUAUGCCAACGGAAUGGACACCCACUACCAGACUGAGCCCCACAUCCUGGCGGGCACUGCCAUCCCCACAGUGGCACGGCGCAACAUGAGUUUGCCAGGGGAGAGUGGGCAGAAUCUGGUUGAGUGGCGCUUCCGCAAGGAGCAGGCCAGGGGCAAAGUCAUUGUUUUUGGACGCAAGCUAAGGGUGAACGGCCGGAACAUUCUGUCAGUUGAUUACGACCGUACGCUGAGGACGGAGAAGAUAUAUGACGACCACAGGAAGUUCCUGCUGAAGAUUAUCUAUGACGGCACUGGCCACCCUGUGCUGUGGGUGCCCAGCAGUAAGCUGCUGCCCGUGAAUGUCAGCCUGAGCAGCAAUGGGCAGAUCAAUGCCCUCCAGAGGGGGCCGACCACGGAGCGGUUGGAGUAUGACAGUCAGGGACGCCUCGUGUCCAGAGUGUUUGCUGACGGGAAGAGGUGGAGUUACACCUAUCUGGACAAGUCGAUGGUGCUCCUGCUCCACAGCCAGCGUCAGUACAUCUUCGACUUUGACUCUCAGGAUCGGCUAUCUGCAGUCACCAUGCCCAGUGUGGCACGCUACACCAUGCAGACGGUCCGCUCGGUGGGCUACUACCGCAACCUCUUUCACCCACCCGACAGCAAUGCCUCUGUCGCUGUGGACUACAGCGAGGACGGCCUCCUCCAGCGAGUGGCGCACUUGGGCACGGGCCGCCAGGUCCUCUACAAGUAUCGGCGACAGAACAAGCUAGCCGAAGUCCUGUAUGACAUCACGCGGGUCAGCUUCACCUAUGACGAGAUGGCGGGCGUGCUAAAGACAGUCAACCUGCAGAGCGAGGGCUUUAUAUGUUCGAUCCGCUAUCGUCAAGUGGGCCCCUUGGUGGACCGGCAGAUCUUCCGCUUCAGCGAGGACGGCAUGGUCAACGCCCGCUUCGACUACACCUACGACAGCAGCCUGCGCAUUACUAGCGUGCAGGGUGUCAUCAAUGAGACCCCACUGCCCAUCGACCUCUACCAGUUCGACGACAUAUCCGGAAAAGUCGAGCAGUUCGGCAAGUUCGGCGUCAUCUACUAUGACAUCAACCAGAUCAUUUCCACGGCUGUUAUGACCUACACAAAGCACUUUGACGCACACGGACGGAUCAAGGAGAUUCAGUACGAGAUCUUCCGAUCCCUCAUGUACUGGAUCACUUUCCAGUACGACGACACGGGACGAUGUACCAAGAGGGAGAUCAAGAUCGGACCGUUUGCCAACACCACACAGUACGGCUACGAGUAUGACGUGGAUGGCCAGCUCCAGACAGUCUACCUCAAUGACAAGGUCAUGUGGCGCUACACCUACGACCUGAAUGGCAACCUCCACCUACUGAACCCAGGUAACGGUGCCCGCCUGCUCCCCCUGCGCUACGAUCUCCGCGACCGCAUCACCCGCCUGGGAGACAUACAGUACCGCAUGGAUGAGGAUGGCUUCCUCCGCCAGCGAGGUUCUGAGAUCUUUGAGUACAACUCCAAAGGCCUCCUGGCGCGCGUCUAUAGCAAGAGCAAUGGCUGGAUCAUCCAGUACCGCUACGACGGCCUGGGCCGAAGGGUGUCCACCAAGGCUAGCCUGGGGCAGUACCUGCAAUACUUCUACGCAGACCUGAGCUACCCCAGCAGAAUCACCCACGUCUACAAUCACUCCAGCUCGGAGAUCACCUCACUCUACUAUGACCUGCAGGGCCACCUGUUUGCCCAGGAGAUCAGCAGCGGAGAGGAGUACUACAUCGCCUGUGACAACACCGGAACCCCUCUUGCCGUAUUCACCAGCAACGGCCUCUUGAUCAAGCAGGUCCAGUACACAGCGUACGGGGAGAUCUACUUUGACUCCAACCCAGACUUUCAACUGGUGCUGGGGUUCCACGGGGGACUCUAUGAUCCGCUGACCAAAUUGUUGCAUUUUGGUGAGAGGGACUAUGACAUUAUGCCCGGCAGGUGGACUGUGCCUGACAUCAGCACGUGGAAACGGGUGGGGAAAGAGCCAGGUCCUUUUAAUCUCUAUAUGUUCCGAAACAACAACCCCAUCAGCAAAGUACAUGAAGUGAGAGAAUAUGUGGAAGAUGUGAAUAGCUGGCUAGUGACCUUUGGAUUCCAUCUACACAACACCAUUCCUGGCUUCCCAGUCCCAAAGUUUGACCUGACCCACCCCUCCUAUGAACUGAAGAAGAGCCAGCUUUGGGACGAUCUACCGUCCAUCUCUGGUGUCCAGCAGGAAGUUACCAGACAAGCGCAUGCCCUCCUGUCAUUUGAGCGGCUGCCGGAGGUCCAUGCGGGCCGAGGCCGUCGAGGUGAGAGGCCCUGGUUCUGGUUUUCAGCCGCCCAGUCCCUUAUCGGGAGGGCUGUCAUGUUCGCCAUCUACAAGGGCACUGCCCACACUCACACGCUCAAUGUGGCCAACGAGGACUGCAUCAAGGUGGCCGCAGUCCUCAACAAUGCCUUCUACCUGGAAAACCUGCACUUCACCGUGGAAGGCCGUGACACUCACUACUUCGUCAAGCCUGGCGUGCCCGACGGUGAUCUGGCUGCGCUGCGCCUCACCAGCGGCCAUAAGACCCUGGAGAAUGGCGUCAACGUCAGCGUGUCCCAGUCCACCACGGUCAUGGACAGCCGGACGCGUCGCUUCGCAGACGUGGAGUUGGGUCGUGGGCCACUAGCGCUGCACGUGCGCUAUGGCUCCACGGUGGAUGAGGAAAAGGCCCGCGUGCUUGAGUUGGCCCGCCAGAGGGCGUUAGUGAGUGCGUGGGCCAACGAACAGCAGAGGGUGAGCGACGGCGAGGAGGGCGUCCGCCCAUGGACAGAGGGAGAGAAGAGGCAGCUUCUGAGCAGCGGGAAAGUGCAGGGGUACGACGGGUACUACGUACUUUCCAUCGAGCUAUACCCAGAGUUAGCGGACAGUGCUAAAAACAUUCAGUUCCUACGGCAAAGUGAAAUAGGGAAAAGGUAACAGACUGUUGUGCACUCGCUGCCAAAAAGACUUUGAAAGGCCUGCUUCAAUAGAGGAGUGGUGAUGGUAGGAACGAAAGCAACAAUAGUGGCAUGGCCAAAGAGUACUAUGGCUAUGUCCGAGUAAGUGUGUGUUUUUGUAAAUCAUAUGGGAUCGAAAGCAAUGCUGUGCAAUGCUGUUUAACAGGGGAUUACUACAGAGUAAAUGUAUAACUACGCCAAGCCUUAAUAUGGGCAGUGACAAAAUGUACCUCUGUAGCACAAUCUGAUUGGACUAUGAGCUCUCAACCAGGAGCCAGGAGCCAGGAGAAAUAGAGGUGUUUUGGGCAAAAGUUCAAUAUUAUUAUUAUUUUAUUUUUUUUACAAAAUGUUGUCUGCUUAAAAUUAAAAUAAAGUAUUUAAAGGUGAAAUUAAAUGUUUACAUACAGUGCACAUAUCUGGAAAUGAGAUUAAUUUUUUUACUCUUAAUUAGGCAAUGUCCAUUACCAGAUGUUUGUCUUAAAGUAACUGUCCAGUACAAAUCUCACUUUUAAAAUGCAUACCCAAAUAAUGUUGUUGACUCGUCCUAUAUUAGUAUUUGUGGCCAAAGCAUACAUUAGAGAAAAACACUUAAAAACCCUACCUCAAACUCAAACAGACCGUUUACAAACUGCUUACUAUUUCCUCAUAGAGUAUGGUGUCAGCGGUCUAGAGGAGGAUGAGCUGGCCAAUCAGUGGUCUACUCGCAUGAAUGUUUUUAAUGACUUGUAUAUGCCUACACCAUUUUGUUGCGGUAUGCCCACACCAUUCCAACACAGAAAAGCUGCUUUUUAACAUAUUGUAAAAUAAUUAUAGGUCAUAUUUCAUAGAAAUCUAGAUAAAAAAUAAAUACAAAUUAUUCAAGCUUUAUUUAACUAGGCAAGUCAGUUAAGAACAAAUUCUUAUUUGGAAACAAUGGACAGUUACUUUAAAUCAAUGACCUUUCAUUUUGCGGUUCCUCUCACUCAUGACCAUCACACCUACAGUACAUGCCGGAAUUGAGAAGCACUGCUUUAGAUAAAUUCAUGCCCAUUCCCCUUUGGUUUACUUUUUUUUAAAAGACAUCGUAACAACUUACAUGUUUUAAUACGCUAAAUAUUUGUUUUGCGAAUCAGACUUUUCUUGGUUUUGGGAUCAGGGAAAAGGUAUGAAGUAAGUAUAAGACUGGAAAGCCUGAAUCAGAUACGAGUCUCGUCUGAGCACAGUAACACCAUGUUUAGUAAAUUCUGCAAGAAUUGUAUUGUUUUGUUUCCAGUAGCUAGGUUUCCAUCCAAUUGGCGACAGAUUUUCAUGCGAAUAUUCUAAAAUCUGCAUAAAGAAAAUGUGCAUUUUCUCACCAGUGGUGUUUUUCCACCAAGAUGACUUGUUGAGGAUAAAAAUCAGUGCGCGAUGACGUAGUGCACAUAAUGUACUUUUUCGCUUAAGUUUUCAUGUACCAAAUAAAAAUCUGAUGUUCAA